GAAAAACAGAAAAAAUUCCGAAGCCCAGCAUUUUCCGAACGGUUCAAUCCUGUGUGCCUGUGUGGUGCUUCACAAUCACAGAGGCAAAGGACGAUCGGAUCGGAUAGAUAGUGAUGGAGGAAGAAGAUAACAUUGAGCCCGAGCCGAAGAAGAAUAAGGUGGUAAUUAAGAUACCUUCAUAUCAAGAGGUGAUUGAAAGCUCACAGUCAAAGUCAACACCACCCUCUCUCUUCGCUCCUUCUCAAAGCUUUUCCCAAGCUUUUUCUUUCGUUAAAUCCUCUGAAUUAUACUCUCCUCCUCCUUUAGAGCCUCCACAGGUUACCCAGACUACGACUUCCAGGGAAUAUCUACAGUCAAAUGUUGCAUCUCCAUUGCCAGUUGCGUCUACUAGCUCCGUUGCUUCAUCUUCAUCGUCAUCUACUCAGAAUCGCAAUGCCAUUCUUGUGAGCCACAGACAGAAAGGCAAUCCCUUGCUUAAGCAUAUCAGGAAUGUGAGAUGGGUUUUUGCAGAUAUUGUUUGUGACUACUUACUUGGACAAGGCUCUUGCGCUCUCUAUCUAAGCCUUCGGUAUCAUCUACUGCAUCCAGACUACUUAUAUUACCGUAUAAGGGAAUUGCAAAAGAACUUCAAGCUACGUGUUGUUCUUUGCCAUGUUGAUGUGGAAGAUGUUGUUAAGCCUUUACUUGAAGUUACUAAGACGGCUCUGCUUCAUGAUUGUACCCUGUUAUGUGGUUGGAGCUUAGAGGAAUGCGGUCGCUACUUAGAGACUAUAAAAGUGUAUGAAAACAAGUCUGCAGAUAUUAUACAAGGACAAAUGGAUACAGAUUAUUUAUCACGGCUGAACCAUGCUCUCACUACAGUUCGUCAUGUUAACAAGACUGAUGUAGUAACACUUGGCACAACAUUUGGGUCUCUAUCUCAUAUCAUGGAUGCAUCAAUGGAAGAUCUAGCACGCUGCCCAGGCAUAGGAGAGAGAAAGGUAAAGCGCUUGCAUGAUACUUUUCAUGAACCGUUCAAACGUGCAGUCGUCAGCGUUCCUACUGUUCCAGAAACCUCUACCCAGAAUAAUGUCAAACCGAGCUCAGUGAAUGAAGAUAAAGAAAAAGCCGAACAAGUAGAUGCAGAAAAUGACGGCAAAAGAAGUAAAAAAGAACCUGAUUUGACAAUUAAAUCAGCCCUAUCGGCUGCUUUUGCCAAAUAUGCUGAUAAAGUUGUUAGAAAUAACACAAAGUCACCGUGUAAGAGGAAAGGUGAAACAAGUUCUGCCACCGAAGAGGAAGCUUAAAAAGAUAAUUCAUGAUAGUUUAAGCUCACAUAUUUUUCUGACUUCAAUUAGCCUUGAGCAUAAGAUUCUUUUUGCACUCUGUGACACUAGGAAACAGUCUUCUUCAUGCUCUCUUCUCUUUACUCUAUUACUUUUUCACAAGCUUCCUCAAGAUGUACAUUUAUAUAAUGUCAAUCCAAAUUCAUAAAGCAUUAUCAUCCUUGCAUUAUGUGAACAAAAUAAAAAAGGACAGCGUUUAUUA